CUACUGAAGCCACUACAACUAGAGAUACAGCACUGCAUUGAUUUAACAGGACGACCAGAUCUUGGAGGAUACUUAAAGUUUGCAAUAGCUCCCAUGAGCACAGCCAGUCUUCCUUACCAGUUCACAUUAGUAGAGGGAGGAGAGUUUAGGAGUGAUAGUUCAUAUGGUUGUAUUAGUAGAAGGGAAUUCUGUCUAGUGUGUGCUUGUGGUGAGUGUAAUGGAGGAGGAAGAGGUACUACUGAGAGUUUACCAUCAGGAUCCAGCUCUUUAGCAGAACAAAAUGCCCAUCAACAAUUAGAAAGUCAUGACAGUGAUUCAACUAGUGUACAGUCCCAAUUAUCAGAAGCUACUAAAUAUGCUGGACUGGUUUACUAUGAAGAAAGAGAGGAUCUGGUGACAUUCACUGCAGCUAAGAAAUUAAAUGCUCUCCUUGAGCACAUUAAGAAAGAAUAUUCACAUGCUAAACGAGGACUUAAUGUUUACUUUCGUAUUGCAUCACCUGAUGGUUUUAUUGAAUUAAAUUUAAAUGCUCCACAAGAUGAGCUAUUUACUGGAUGGAGUAUUAAGCCUCACAUGAAACCUUGCAGAUUAUAUUUAAUAAUUUUGGUGAUGAAGAAUAUUCUCUUCCUCCAUCUUGUCCAAUUUCGGUGUAUGGAUCAAUUCAUGCUGUUCCUACACUACACUACUCCAUACCACUGGAAGGUGUAGUUUGUCCUGUUACACUAUAUAUUCAUAGAUCACUGAGAACAACAAAUCCUAGUGCCUCCUCCUCCUCUAAUACAUUUACUGAAGUUACUGCAGUAUCAUCUAAUGGAGGAGCUAGUUUACCAGCCAAUGUUGAUGUUGCGAGAGUUAAGAAAGUGAUCAAUGGUGUUCUAGUGUCUCACCAUGCUUCUCUUACCUCUCUUAAGACGUCUCUCUCAGAUCUUGCUAGUCAGUUAUAAACAGCUGGUCUCAUUAGUGAUGAAGUGAAAGAAACUCGCUCAAUGGACACAUUCAUCACUGAGUUCAAGGCUAGUCUUAGUUUUAUGAGAAAGCUACCUCAAGUGCAGGAACACUGUCAAAAGUUCUUAAACUCAUUCAUUGCUGUAAGAGGCAGUUAUGCCAAUGCAGCAAUCACUUUAGCUGAGGACUGGAUUGAAGCUGUUACAAAUGAACUGGGAUUUGAUUUUAAUAUUAACAUUGAUUCUUAAUUAUUGUUUUAUUCAUUUUUGUAUGACACAUCAUAAUUCUUGUGGUUUACCAUAUAGCACACACAC